AUGACUGCUUUCAAUCCCCUUACUACUAUUCUUACUCAAAACAAACUUGAGGGUCCGAAUUAUGUUGAUUGGAAACGAAACUUGGACAUUGUCCUAAUUGCUGAAGAGUACAAAUUUAUGCUCGAUGAGCAUCAGCAUCAGUCGCUGGAGUCUGCUUAUGACAUUCUGGAAAAUCUCAAAGAAAUGUUUGGAGAUCAGAAUCGUGCGGCUAAGCAAACUGCCAUGAAAGCUCUUCUGAAUACCAAAAUGGUUGAAGGUUCAUCGACUCUGCCUGACAGUUUUCAGCAGUUUCGCCUGAAUUAUAACAUGAACAAAAUGAAUUUGUCACUUGCGAAAUUGUUGUAUGAGCUGCAGCCGGCAGAGACUAUUAUCAAGCAACAAGCUCCUCCUAUGGCAUUGAAUUUUGAGGGAGGUUCUGCUUCUAAGCCUAGAGGUAGUCAGAAGAAGAAAAAGACUUAA